CUCCUCUUUCCCCCCCCCCUCACGCGCCCCUCCGAGAAAACUAUUGAGACAAGUCUCUAUAAUAAGACCCAAGCAGAAAUGCUUCACUCGCGCCUCCGUCCUCUUCCUCGUCGACAUCCCCUCCCCAACUCCGAGGACUCUGCCCCUCGCCCCGAUUUCGCCGACCCCGAGACUGAGGCCGACCCGGAGGAAUCUUCCGAAGACCUUUUCGCCGCAUUUCUCCCACACCUGUUCCCAGAUGAUGCACCCUCUUUUCACGGCGACCCAGGCCAGCAUCUCCUCUACUCAUCUCCCCGCUAUGGCGAUCUCGAAAUCAUGGUCCCCUCGUACCCAACCCAGAGCGGCAAGCGCUCCCAGGAGGUAGCGGAGGGGCUACCCCGCCCCGACGGCCAGGUCAACCAUAUCGAAGAGGGCCGGAAGCUGUUUGCACAUUUCCUCUGGAGCGCGGCCAUGGUUGUUGCCGAGGCGGUAGAGAAGGCCGAUGAGCUGGAAGCUAGUGGGCAAUUGAAGAGUACGGAUGAGCUGGCCAUGUGGAGGGUGAGGGGGGAGAGGGUGUUGGAAUUAGGCGCUGGCGCCGCACUACCAUCCGUCGUCUGCGCCCUCGCCCAAGCAUCCACCGUAACAGCAACCGACCAUCCCUCCUCCCCCGCCUUAUCAGGCGCCAUCAAAUUCAACCUGGACCACAACCUACGCUCCCCCAAGGUCUCAUCGACCUCGACGACCGUGACAAUCCAACCCCACGAAUGGGGUACCCUAGAGACCGAUCCCUGGGCCGUGCAGAACAAGGCCAGCUUCAACCGCAUCGUCGCAGCAGACUGCUACUGGAUGCGCUCGCAGCACGAGAACCUCGCGCGCACGAUGUGCUGGUUCCUUGCCCCUGGCGGGCGUGUCUGGGUCGUGGCUGGAUUUCAUACUGGACGGGCGAUUGUCGCAGGCUUUUUCGAGACGGCAGUGCAGUCGGGAUUGGAGAUUGAGCGGAUCUACGAGCGGGAUUUGAUUGCGGGCCAGGAAGAUGGACGCGAGGUGCGUCGCGAGUGGGUGGCGCAGAGGGAGGGCGAGGGACCGGAGAACAGGAGACGGUGGUGUGUGGUUGCGCUUUUGAAGAAGAAAGACGAUAUCUAAGAGGGUGGACGAAUGGGGGAUGGAUGCGCCAUGAAUAACGACAAAUGACAUAGCAUAGAUAACAACAGCGAGAGCCCAAGACAUAGACAUUCACAUAUACCUUAUAAACUUACUAUUUAACUCUCU